AUGGUCCUCAUCUACCCACCGACGAUUGGUGACGUCAGUGAGAUGUAUGACGAGAUUGUUACAGGCUUCACGAGCAACGCCAGAGGCAACCAGCGGGUCGACAUCUCACUUUGCUCAGGCAUAGGUGAGGCCUCAGCUCCAUCCUGCUCGCACCACGUAUCUGCUCCACCACCUUAUGUGGCAUACAGCACGAACGCGUCAGCGUCGAAGCUCUACAGCUGUCCAUCGAUAUGUAAUCCAGUUUGCCAAUAUGCAGUGAUCCUGCUGCUCUAUUCAGUCGUUUUUCUGGCGGUUGCUGUCCUCUCUGCUAUUUAUCUCGACGCCUUUCUUUCAUACUAUUCCACUUUAUGGACCGCGGUGAUAUCUACUAUAAACUCUAUGAUUGGAAUAAUUGCUGGGAUUUCAAAUAACGAUCGCUUUCUAUUGGCACAUCUGAUUCUAUCCUUGGAUAUCCAUGGCCGCCUACACAGCUUGUGGCGUAAUCUGCUGGAGGGAUUUUAUGAAAAUAGGAACCACAGCAUGGUGCGAAGAAAAUCCGUAUUUUUGUGA